CUGGUCAGGAUAGCUCUUCUAAUACUGCUUAUGUAUCAGAAAUUGUUAAUAAUAUUGAGGUGCUGAAUGGGUUAAAGAGUCGAAUCAUUAAUGGAAGUAAUAGUUUUACUUCCUCAGAUUUAUCUUGCAAAAUGGUUGUAAUUACAGAUAUCUCAUACAUAGCACCUCUCGAUCAAGAUCAAGAUCAUGAUCAGAAAGAUAUUGCUUUCUCUGUAGAAGAAAUUGCCAAUAUUCCUCCUAGCAUCUGCUCGAAGAUAGAUAGAAAUAUAAAGACAGAAAGAUCAGAGAAAGAAAAUUCUUCUGAUAGCUUACCAGGACACAUUCUACCAACUAAGAAUGGUGGGAAUGUUCAGGCUUCCUCAAAUAUAGUAACUGAAUUUAUACAAGAUUUGUUGGAAGAGCUACUCUUAUCUGAUGAUCCACUCCAGACUAUAAAGUUUUCUUCUUUCAAAACAAUAGUUCCUGGAUCAAUAAGUAUCAAAAAACUUGCCAAUUCAUUCUGCCAGGCAAAUUGUUUAUUUUCUGAAAGGUUCGAAGAUAAAGUUGUAGAGCUUAGGUCUAAUGAUAAAAAACUUACGGAUCUGACUGCAAGAAAGCAGAUUUAUAAUAAAAUGAAACUAUACCUUACAGAUGUUUUGAUUGGAUAUUUACAAGUAAUGACCUGUAAAGCGAGAAAAAUCAAUAAAUUAUUUGAAAUAAGUCAAAUUGAAGACAACCUUUCAGCUCAUGAUUCUAAUUCAGAUGAUUCUGACGCCAAUGAAUCUGACUCCGAUGCCAAUAAAUCUGAUUCUGAUAUAUAUUUCAAAUCUGAUAACUCUGACUCCGAUAAUGAGUAUGAUCACGAACUUCAUGAAAGGCUCACACAUGAAGAAAUGGCAAGAAUAGCGAAGUUAGAGGAAAAAUACCAACUAAGUCUGCCGAUGACAAUUUUAAUAAAAUACUCAUAG